UUUGGGUGAAAAUCAUUGAUAUUAUGUAACAGCAUUAUUAAAUGAUAACACAUUUUCAUAAAACAUUUGUAAAUACCAUGGAACAUUAGCUAUGUAAACCUGAGGAUAUUUUCUUUGUUUUUCUGAAAUGUGUAUGGUGGAUGAUCGCUAAGUAUUAACUGUUUGGAAUGUCAACAGUGGGUUGUCACUUCAAUGUGACAUAUAGACCAACAGACAGAGAGGACAUUCACAGGUCAGUCCUAUAGGCCCUUGAGCAACUUCAUUGUACUAUAGGCACUCCUCAGUGAGUCAGAAAUACAGGGAAAUAAAUACAACAGAAAGGUAUUUCAUAUUGGUCAGCUAAUUACUAUACUACACUAGCCAUUACAUUCAUACAAGGCUAUAACAACUUCUAGAUUGGGAGGAAGGACUGAUAUAAUUGUGCAAUGAUUUAAUAUUAUUAUCAGAUUAUUCAAAUUUCAAUUAUAAACAAUGUGACACAUUUAAAGUGUAAUCACAGCUAAUCAGAUCAGUAUCUUAGCUAUAAGGACUUCAGGAUAAAGUAUACUAUACAGGAUAAUACUCAAAAUAAAUAUAGAUACACUAGCUUGAGUGUAUAAGUACAUUUACAAAUUGAAAUACUUGGAAACUACAAUUGAUUCACAGUUUUUCACAUUCCUGACAUUGCUGUUCAACCUCAACUUGAAUCUACCUCUACAAUUUAGACUGCAAAAAAUGAAUAUUUUCCUGAGAUUGCUGUAAAUUUAACCUCAACUUGAAUCUACAUCGACAAAUGACGCUUUCCUGUUUUACUCUAGGAUACAACAGUUCAGGAAACAGAUAACAUUGCGUAUAGUACACACGAGAAAACAUCAGCGAUUGACUCUGUCUGUAAAGUCAGUAUAACAUAGCAUGAUUUCUGCAUAUCCUUGACAACUCAAACUUCUCAAUAAUUGAUAGAUAAAGACCUAUUCAGUUAGACGGCUAAUAAUGGACAAUGAGGCUAACUAAAGGCUAAUUGAUACACAAUCGCUCAAACAGGAUGUUUUAGAAACAUCACCUUAAUUGUGUUCUCAGUUUAUGAGGUAUGUUCUUACAAUCAACUAGCCGGAAUUAAUCAUUUUGACACAAAUUUAAAAAGAUUGAAACUUUUGGUUGUGAUUGGAUGAUAUAAGAAGGAUUAAUGGAGGAGUUUAACUCAAAGAUGGAGAUGCAUACAAUCACUGUUACAUUUGAAGUAAUUGUGAUAAAUUGCUAGGAUUUUUUGCAGUGAUGAUACUUAAUGGUUCUACUGAUGAAGUAACAAUUUACACUCUAUUGAUCUAGUCAAAAUUUACUACCUGUAUACUACGAAAAUAGUAUGAGUAUGACAUUAGGAAAUGGACUAUACACAGCUGAAAUAAAAUAUUAAAUAACAAUCGCCAUUAUUCAGUUCUAUAAAAUGAGUGGAAAAAACAAAGGAGCUAUCAAUUCCUGGAUAAUGUCAUUGGGAUCUACAACAGACAUUAUCCCACAAGUCGUCAAAAUUGACUCGCCAACAUUGAGGCGGAACAGUUGGAGUGCUGCUGCGAAAUCUGUGGAAUCUUUACAGAGUUCUGGCUCUUAUGAUACUGGUUCUGAUGGUGGGUCUGACCAUGGAGAACCAAGUACAAGUGUGUACAUAUCAAAAAGUAUGCUGAACGUCGAACCUCCAACUAUCAUAAUUACUGAUGAAGAUGAUGCAAUUAGUUUGGAUGACAAAGAUGAGGAAAUUCAGUUAUGCCAGAACAGGGCCUGCAGUAUCAAGGGGCCAGCUAUGAAGAUUUGCCACCAUAGCGACUGCCAAGAUAAGAACAACCACAAACCACUGAUGCUGUGUGCAGACUGCGACGCAACGAUACAUAAAACACCUAGCAAUGAAGGACAUCUUCGCUUUGACCUACAUCCAAAAGCUUUUGCGAAUGGCUAUGGUAGGAAAGUAUCUUCAAGAUCAUUGCCUGACCAGGCAACCAGUGAAAAUGAAAAUGAAGAUGAGAAUGAAAAUGUAAUAGAAGAUGAUGGCACGGAUGGAUGUGCUGAAGAUACAGAAGGUGUUCCUAAUGGAGGUGAUGAGCCAAAGGAUGAACAACACGAACAGAUAGUACCUGAGAAAGAUGCCUCUGAACAAACUGGGCCUGUAGAGCAGGAAUUCACAGUCAAACAAGAUGCUCCCGAUCUUUUUUCAUCACCAUCAAGGGAAUCCUACUCCAAAAACAAAGCUGCUAAAAUCAAAAGGAAAAAAGUGAUCAAAAGAGAACGAACUGAUAGGAGAUACCACACUGAUAACAAUAUUGGCAAAGACUGUUUCACCGUGCGAAUGGAACUAUGGGACCAGGCAGAACUUGAGCUGGUUAAUGCUAAAGAAGGAGUCACUUUGAGGGAUGCCCUGGUGCCGAUAUUUGAGAAACGUAAAAUUAAUCUUGACGCGGUGAAUGUGUACCUACAGUCUUCCAACACUCCUUUACCUCUCAUCGUCGAUACGUUCCCCUUCGGUGGAAGCCAGCUCAUCGUUAAAGCUAAAGAAGGCUCAGAUCCUUUUGCCAAACCCAAACCAGCCCAGAAACCAAAGACAGUGGCUAAGACACCUUCAUCCAGUAUUGGUCGGAAGAAAGGGGCAUUGGUCCUUGAAGACAUGACAAACACAGAGAUUUCCAGUAGCCCUCACGGCACGCUCACUGGUGCUGACCUCAAACAGCUCAACAGACCAAGAUCACAGAGCAAAUUCAUGACAUCGCUAUUCAGUCCUUUUGUAAAGGACAAAGAAAAACAAGAGGCCCUUGCAGAUUACCUAAAUGGGUAUAGUAGCCAUGGGUUUCCUGAGAUGCCCGCAUUGUUGACCAUGGGAAAACCAAUGUUUGAUGCCAGCCUCCUUGAUAUAGAGGAGCACUGGUCACAAGUGGUGGAUGACAAUGAGGGUCUGAGCAAGAAGGAGAAGGACCAGCAAGAGGCCCUUUGGGAACUUCUUCACACAGAGACAGAGUACAUCAAGAAGGUGCAGGUCAUCGCUGAUCUCUUCCUCUGCUGUCUCUUGGACCUACAGAACCAGUCAGUCCUCAAUGAGAUUGAGACUGAAAAACUGUUCAACAAUAUCAGUGAUGUAGUAACAGCUAAUUGCCUAUUCUGGGAGAGUUAUAUAUUCAAGAUGUUGCAAGAGGCAAGGUCAUCUAGGACACCACUCAAGCCAACAAUGCUGAAGGAAGCUUUUGAAAAGUUUGAAGAGCUCUUCCAUCCAUACACCAAGUACUGCUUAGAUCAGCAGAGUUGUGUUGAGUAUAUGAAGUCAAGAUAUUCAGAGAAUGAUGUCUUUAAAACUUUUGUAAUGUGGGCAGAGAGCCAAUCUCAGUGCAAUAGACUAAAGCUGACAGACUUACUAGUGAUGCCCAUGCAACGUCUCACCAAAUAUAGCCUAUUACUUAAUGCAAUACUAAAGAAAACUGAUGACAAAGAAGAUCAGGAUGAUUUGAUAGAUAUGAUUGAGAAUGUCAAUACGUUUGUGUCUCAUGUUAACCUCACAAUACGUCAUGUGCAGGAACAGGAACGUCUUGCUGCCCUUAUUAGUCGAAUUGAGAGCUAUGAAGCCGUUGAUCUAAAUAGUGAAGAAUGUGUCAAGUUAAUUGGUGAAUACACAAAGUUAGACCUAACCUGCCCUUUACCUGGCUGUAGCCCAGAGCUUAAGCGGAACCUCCUUAUAGAAGGACCUCUCAAAUUAAAAGAUGCUUACAGUCGCAACGAUGUCUAUUGUUUCCUCUUCACAGACAUGUUUUUAAUCACAAAGCCAGUUAGUAGGAAGACAAACUUAAGUUCUAGUAAAGUGCGUGUUAUUAAAGCACCAAUGAGACUGGACAGGAUUGCAAUCAGAGAGCUGAGAGAUGGAGUGAGUUUCCUAUUGGUCUACCUCAGUGACUAUGACGUAGCAGAGAAAGCUUAUACAUUCCAUGGAGAGCCCGUCAAACUCUGGAUUGACCAUAUAAGGAAAGCUCAGGAGAGUUACAAAGAAGCGCGUAAAGCAAUGACUACGAGGGCCUCCAAACUCUCCUAUCUACAAAUUGAGAGUGAUGCAAUAAAUGGGGAUUACCCAAGCUCAGCCAUUCUUGAUAAUACACAUAAGGCGGUCUCCCGCCAGGAAAGUGACAGUUCAGAUAAGUUCUUACCAAACAUUGCAUCUAGGUCAUCUAGUACUGACUUGGUAGAGGAUGCCGAAAAUACGGAAAAUCUGGAAGUUAUUGUAGAGGAAAUGAGACCUAGGUCCGCAACAUUCUCCGCAGCCCAUCAUGUGAAUGAUACAGACGCUAUAUCAAGGAAUAAGUCCUGUCCAGACCAUGCUCUUAUUAACUCUAUUAAUGGUUCCCCUAGUGAGUCCCCAAGGACCUCACCCAGGGACAAUUCCCCUAGGGUAGCAACAUCCCCCGUACAGCCCACAGAUACCACUCAGGAGGGUGGUGUUGUGAAGCCUGUGCCCACAAUCAUUGCUCAACAGGCUAUAACACGCACAGACUCGCAAUCUAGUAAUGAAUCUAGUGGCACCUCUCCUGAUUACCCACCCCCUGCAUAUAACACAGUAACUCAUAAUAACAUGGACUUUGUCUCUGAGGAUAUUAGAAGUAAACUGAAUCAACGAAGAUCAUCCAGGGGAGAAAAACGUUAUCAUACAGCAGAUGCAAUACAAGAUAUGAACAAAAAAGAUCGCGAUGCAAGCAUUCAUAAACGCCUGUCUUGGAACUUUGGUAACACAGUAGACAUUAACAUUGAGGAUGGUAAUGGUAAACUAAAGGGCAAAGCCUACAGUUCAGAAUCACUGCGCAGCGUACGAAGCUCCAGUGGAAUAAGUUCAACAAGUUCACUCAUCAACGAAGAAAAUGAGGAUGACUUUUUGCCAACUGAUGACAACCAUCAUUAUUUUGAAGAUGGUGAUAUACUAAAUGGUAUCAAAACAUCAAGAAGUGAUAGUAAUAUCAACGAACAUUUACAUACAAACAGUGAUAAACUGACAAGUCAUAGUGCAUCAGAUCUACUGAGGAACACUAGCGCAAGUAGUCUAACAAAUUCAACAUCUGACUCAUCGGAGACAAAUACAUCUUCUGAGACUUUAACCAACAUUACAAGUACAGACACUAGUGUGACGCCUUCCAGGAGGAAGCUCACCCAUGCUGAACUUAUACGCAUGAAAAAGCAAUUGUUACUGAAUGCGACUCUGGAGGCCUCUGAUGUUUAGAGUAUUGUGGCUUGUUGGGGGCAGUUUCUGGGGGAUUAUAGUGCUGUUUUACAUGUGACAUCCUACUUAAUGAUACCAACAUUUUUCAAUGAAGAAUACAACUUAGUAUUCAAUGUCAUGUUGUAUAAAUUGGCAGUUUAAUUCAUUGGAUCCUACCCAUGCUGUACCCAUGUUAUUGCUGUAUAGAGCAUCUACAGAAUGCUCCAUGGUUUUCAACUCCCUAACCCAUCAUUCUUCUCAAACUUACAUUUUAGGGAAACGUUUUUAUGGUAUCUUUUUAGGUACUUUUGUAUUGUAAAAUAAAAGGGGAAGGAGUAUUAGAACUGUGGAGCAUUCUGUGGAGUUAUUUAUUAAAAACCUUGCUGUUAAUUGUUGUCAUUUAUUUUGCACAUAUGCAAACCAGGCAAUAAUUUUCAGUUUGGUUGAAUUAAUAUUAGAGAAUCAAUCAAAUUUGUUAUGGUAUUUAUAAGUUUAGAUAACUGCAAAGUUAUGAAAUAGAGUGCAUUUAAGUACUUAUGAUACAUGUACAAUAUAUAACAUGUACAAUAUAUGUUAAUUAAAAUGGUACUUUUACUUGAUAUUUCCACAUGAAAUUGAUCAUAUUUGUUAGAAUCUAUGUAUAGUAAUGAACAUUCCUGUAAUAUUUUUGACUAUCAUCUGAUUUAUUUUUCCAGUUAUUUUAUUACAACCAGUUUCUCUUUGCUUACUUUGAAGAUACUUCAGUUUCAAUAGAGCAAUUCAAACAUGUAAAAUUAAGUUUAGUUCAAACGUUAUUUCAUGGUGAUUCACUGGAAUGCCAAGUAAAAAGAAAAAAGAUGGUAUCUGCUGAAUUCUGUAGAGACUUGUGAAAUCUUAUGGUACUACAAACUUAAGCCAACCAUGACAUCUAAAUUCAAAUGUGUUCAAAAUGUCCUCUCAAUACAAUCAUGACUAUUUGAAGAACCAAAAUACAUUUUAAUUCAAUUGAUUUUUUGUUAAUAGGUAUUUAGCAUUAUUUGUCCUUGUACAGGCCUCAAUAAAACAGGGCAAUUGUAUAGUAACAUCUAACUAAAUGCCACUACAUUAUUUCACUGCCAAAGGAACAUGUGAUAAUGUGAUUCAUGUAUUGUUUUGCUGAAAGUAUUGGAAAUGAAAUACAUUUUUUCUGAAUACAUUUUACAAGGUCCACAUAGCUAUACAAAAGAUUGUACAAGAGAUAUUGCAAUCAUUUCAUUUUACAUCAUUGAUCAAAAUUCAUAUCAUCAUCAGAAAAGCCAUUAUUUUAUUCAAUAAUAUUUAAGUAUUAAUUUCAAGUUAGAGAAUUAUUUGUUUGUAAAAAGCGGUGAUACUUGUAAAAAGUAAAAUUCAAUGGUAUACAUGUAAUCAGAUCGUAUGAUCAAGUACUUUUUCCCCUGUUAUAAAAACAGCAAAUGAUUUAUAUGAAAUAAAAAAUA